GGGCACAGCGACUGCGUCGAGCUGCUGCUGGAGCACAAGGCCAACCCCAACCUGCGGAGCGACGAGGGCCUGGCCCCACUGCACUUCUGCACCACCCGAGACUCCCUGGGGUCCAUGCGCGUGCCGGGAGAUGAAACUGCAGCCAACACCGAUGGCAUGAAGGGGCCCAUCACCCUCCAUGUCCUCGUCAUGGCUGGAUGCAUCCCUCACCAGCUGGGACAGACCCAGCUGGCAUGGCUAAUCAGGCCACUCCCGGUGCUGCCUGACCACCAGCACAGCCAAGACAAGGAUCACCGCUCCCUGGUGGGCCUAGGAUGCUGCCGGCUUCUGGCUGCCCACGGCGCCGACAUCGAUGCCCGGGAUGAGAUGAGGAGGAGCCCCUUGCACAAGGCGUGCGGGGCCGCCAACGCCGACCUGGCGCGCUUCCUGCUGCGGCGCGGGGCCGACGUCAACGCCAUCGACUACGACGGCGUCUCCCCGCUGGGCUGCGCGCUGCAGAGCGCAGCCUUCAAGAAGGAGCUGAGGCCUCACCUCACCGUCCAGCUGCUGCUCAACCACGGCUCAUGGCCCCCCGCCUUCGUCAAGGUGCUGAAGUCCUGUGCAGCCGUGCCGGAGAUCAUCGAAGUCCUCUUCAACUCCUACGCGCAAAUCCCUAUCUCCGAAAAAUGGGCUGAGGCCGUGCCGGAGGAGGUGUUCCAGCAACACCAGCUAUUCUACGAGUCCUUUUUCCGGCUGGCGGGCACAGUCCGGUGCCUGCAACAUUUAUGCCGCUCCACCAUUCGGAAAAAGUUUGGCAGCAAAUGCCAUUGCCUUAUCCCAUUGCUGCCUGUUCCCAAACCUCUGCGGGAUUACCUGCUGCUGGAUCCCGAAGGAAUCGUGCUUUGA